AUGCUUGCAGUGGCCAACCCACCGAGUCUCGACUCGGGAAGCGACUUCUCCGAUGAUAGCAUCGACAGUAUUUUUGACUCUCGCAGAGAUUCGUGUUCCAGUGUUGAUACUACCUUCUCUGACAUACCGGCUGCAAAACAGCCUCAGUGCGCCUGCUGUGCUCCAGUGUUGACUACGGUGACUGCCCAAGGGAAAGGGCUGUCUGUUCGGGACCCGCGGGCGGAGCUCUCGUAUAUCUUGGGUGUUUCUGAACCUGAGGAGAAGAAGGCGGAGGAAGAGAAGGAAGAGGAGCCCGUGGAAUUGCAGACCUUCUCCAGCUCGGCUCCUUCUUAUACACCAGAACCUUCAAGGUCUAGGUUUCGUACUAGAGAAUCAAGAGCCAACUCUACGUUUCUUAGACUCUAUGCCCACGAUACUGCUGCUAGGGCCCAGGGAAGACUUCCCAUGCUUAAUUCACCUGAAGAGUUGGCGCUUCUCCGGCGUAUACCUGCUCUUAGAAGGUUCGAUAAGCACCACGACUUGGCUAGAAUCCUGGCUCUUUCGUGUAAGAAGCUCUGGGACGCCGUGGUGCUUCCCCCAAGAGCAGACCCACUUCCUAAACAGACUGUGGACAGUUUUGAAUACGUCAAGACAGAGUUCACGGGUGGCUUGACGCUUGAAAAGGGACGCAAUUCAAGCAGAGUGGUGCCUUGGGCUCCGCAGAAAAGAUGGGUCAGACCAGCCGGUGCUUGGCCUCUGGGAGGUCAGUACACGGUAAAGGGAUGGACUCCAGCCAGGCUUGUUCCUCAGACGAGGAGGUAA